UGUGGAGCUGCGGGUAGAUAUUUAAACCUGUCACAGAGACCAGAGCACAGCUCAUGUGAGCCCAGUUUUAACUUUGGUUUUUCCCCUGUUCCCGGGUCAUGGUGGCUCAUGAGAAGUGAAAUUGAAUUAAGGCUUUAUCUUCUGCUUUUCUUUCUGAGGCUGAGCAAUGUUGGGGCAGCCCCGUGCAGAUGGGGCUGUGUCAGCUGGGAGAGUGGCCGGGGUCUGAUGGCCCUCCUUUAGCCAGCCCCUCCCAAAGGCUAAGGGUGCCGGGAGGCACGCGUAAAAACAAAACACCCGACGACGCCUUGUUAGAGGUUGCGUCCCUCCUACACAGUCCCCUCCCUUGGGCUCAGGGCGAAUUUUGAAACAGAAAGCAGCAUCAGGGGACGUUCCUGUCUAAAGGGUGCAGGAUAUGUGAACGUGAGUGCACACAUUUGAAAAUACAUCUCAGAAGAUGCCCGCCCAGAAAACCCCUUUCUUUUCAACUUUCCCCUCUCCCUCGCCGUGGUUGUGGUUCGUUUCCUCAGCUGCUGAGUGGGAGAGGGUAUGGGGAGCCCAGCUGGGCGCCCUGCAGGGAGAGGCUGGGUGCAGGCACGAGCCUCCCGCCUCCCUCCCGGGACAAGCCCUUGGGGAAUUCAGGCACGCCUCCCUCUCCCAGGCACCGCUCAGGACCCUGCCUCCUAGCCUGUAGAGUGAACCUACUGGGACUAACAGACGAAGGUGGCCAGAGCGAAGCUGGCCAGCUGUGGACGCGGGCGCUGCGGGUCUCUUCCUCCUGGGUGAGGUGGGGGAUCAGCGGCACCUGCCUAGCAGGGCUGCUUUGACAGGUGGUCCAGGUGGUAGGCGUGGAGGCCCUGGGUGGGUGUGCAGUGUUUCUAGGGUUCCCAGUGGCCUUCCCUCCCUCAGCAAGAGGCUUAAGAAUUCUCAUCUUAUGGUUGAGGAAACUGGAGCAGAAGUGAAAUAUUUCUUGCCAUCUUGGAACAUUUUGGUAUGGAGCUUUUUAUAUAUAUUUUUUGUUUCUUCUUUAUUUUGCCUUUUAUGGUCGUGAGGGUGACAGCAGGACUGAUUCCCUAAAAUGGAGAAAUUUUCUCACUUAGUCUGGGUGCCUCCUCCUUUCAAGGGGAUCCCAGGAGCUCAGUGUGAACUGGGUGGGACUGUGGAUGGUGAGCCUGGCGGUCACAGGGUCGGAGGUUGCCACGGGGGCUCUCUCAGGCUGGUGCUGAGUUUGCAGAGGGAAGCACCAGCAGGAGAAGGAAGCUCAGAGAAACGGGGGAGGGUUGUAAGUGCGGCCCCCCCACCCCAACUGCUGAAAUGGCCACCAACCAGAAGUGACCGAAACAGAACACUGGCGUGUGGGAGGCAGGGCUUGCAGAACCGGGAAGCCAGCUGAGAAGUGCACGGCGGGGCAGAGCCCCGGAGGCUGUGACAUGGCUGUGACGGGAGUGCCACCCAAGGAAAGACGGGGCUUGGCCCAUACCAGCUGGUUCAGACUGGUCCAGGCUGGCCCACCCUGCACACCACGCCAGAGGCAGGGGUGGAAGUGGAGACCUAUCUGCGAGGACCGGGUGCCUGCUGGGGGUGGCGAGACCUGCAUGUCCUGAGGACCAGGGUCCUCGUCAUCCUGUAGCAUGUGGCCCUGUGUCAUCAGUGGCUUCCGAGCUUCCUUUUUUUUUUUGCAGAAGGAACUUUCCUCCCCGUGGACCACAUGCUGUCCUUGUUACUGUCACCACUUCCAGCGAGGAGAGAGGUGACAGUGUUUGCGCAGGGCUCCCGAGUGGCAGAGCCAGAACUCAGGCCCAAGAGUGUCUGAUGCUGAUUCGGUGAAGCUGCAGACCCCCAGCUCAGCAGCCGACCCAUACACGCCCGGAGAAUCCAUGGAGCAGAGAUCCGUGCCAGCUGGGGAAAACCCUGGGUCCAGGGCCGUUGUGCGUGGGCUCACGCCUGACCCCUGAGGGCGUUCCCGGGGCCUUCACCACCAGGGAGAGGGUGCGGAAGCAAAUCUGCCUUCGCUGGGCCAGAUGGCCCCCCAUCACGCGGGGGCUCUGUGCUGCUCCACUCUUUGUUCUGCUGCUUCUCUUCCUUUUGUCUUUUUUCUUUUUUUAAUCUUUCUGGGUUCCUUUUGCACUUCUGUGAAUGGUGUCUCCCAUUUUUGUACUGAUUCCUUUCCUAGUCUUUCUCCCAUAAGAAUCUGAUGUUUAUUUUACAAUGCAAAAGUAGAAAGUCUUUUUAAAAAAAAUUUUUUUAAAUGCAAGGCUGUUGACUCAGAAAAAUCAAUCAAAGGUACAAGAGCAAGUAAAUGGAGGGCAGUUUUUUCCUCUCUUGGAUAAAUAUAGUAACUUCAGCGGACAUGCUAUUUUAGAUUAAGGCAGGAAAGCUUAAACUCUAUUUGACAGUCCUGUGCUAUGUGGGCUUGAGACUGCAGGACGGGAGGAAAGGGAGGGAGGGAGCCUGAGAGAGAUGGGAGCGACAGAAACCGGAAGCACGGGGCCAGGGAAUCUCCGCUGGCUUUUCAGGAAUCGUCAGUUCGGUGGUCUGUGGCUUGUGGCAUCUCCACCCACUGCUUGCUUCUCUUUAAAAUGUUUGCCUGACCAGUGAGUCCACAUUUCUCUUUCCACCCAGAGGGUCCCAGCGUGUAUGCCCAAACCUGCUCUAGUUGAAAGGUCGGGAACAGCCCUCGUGCCCACCCAGAGGGGUGGCUAGUCCAGACCAGGGCACACUCAGACCCCGCCUGCUGAAAGGAAGGGGAGAGAGGUAUAAUUUUGUCUAUGGAAAGGCCUCGAAGACAUAUUGUUAAGGAGAAAAAUAGAGUGCCAUUUAUGGAAAGGAAAAGAAGAGCAUAACAAAAUCAUCCGGAGGCACAGACGUGAGUGUGACUGUAGAAAAAGGUCUAGCAAACGCACACCCAAGUGACAGGGUUAGCAGGUGGGAGGCUGUGUUCAUGUGCUUUGUCAUUUAAAGUAAAUAACAGCUUAAAAAUCAACAGAUGCAAAGCCUGUUGACUGAGGUAUUACUUAUGGCCCUUCACCUGCCACAGUGCUUGGCCUGGCCAGGCCCCAGGGGCUGGGAGACCCAGAUGCCCAUCGCAGGAGAACGAGCCUCAGCAUGUAGCACAGCAUUCUCUGAGGGCAGCUUCGGACGGUGCCAAGGUCUUGUCACCCGGGACAGUGUGACCGUUGUUGUGCAAAGCCACCUGCCGUGUGUCUAGCUUGUGCUCCUUUGAGUCCGUGCGGUGGCCUGGGCUGUAGAGGUGCCGGGCUGCUUAGCAGGGCUUCUGGAAGCUGCGAGACCUCUGGAGCCUGGGCCCAGAUCUGGCCGACGUCGCCGGCGCUGCAUGCAGUUAAAGCAAGUCCAAGCCGGGGUCGGGCCCGGCGGGGAGGAGCUGCGGGCCCACUGCAGAGGGCACUGCGGGGGGAGGUGCAGCUGUGUUCCCGCCAGCCCAGCAGGGGUCCACGGUGAGCCCACAGUCGGCCACGGGCAGAGCGAGGGGGAGAGGAUGGUGGUGUCUGACUUCCAGGUUUUCAUCAGGGACGUGUUGCAGCACGUGGACGUUGUGCAGAAGGACCACCCGGGGCUCCCCAUCUUCCUCCUGGGCCACUCCAUGGGAGGUGCCGUCGCCAUCCUCACGGCCGCGGAGAGGCCCGGCCACUUCUCCGGCAUGGUUCUCAUCUCCCCGCUCGUUCUUGCCAGUCCCGAGUCUGCCACGACGUUCAAGGUCCUUGCUGCGAAAGUUCUCAACCUUGUCCUGCCGAACGUGUCCCUGGGCCGGAUCGACAGCAGCACGCUCUCCCGGAAUAAGACAGAGAUCUGUGUGCUGAGAAGAGAAGGCACAGUGUUAGGACCCAGAAAGACCGAAGCCAGUCAUGACACGAGCGAGAUCAACAUUAACCCCGUUUCGGAGGUGGACGUCUACAACGCGGACCCCCUCAUCUGCCGGGCGGGCCUGAAGGUGUGCUUCGGUAUCCAGCUGCUGAACGCCGUCUCGAGGGUGGAGCGGGCGCUGCCCAAGCUGACCUUGCCCUUCCUGCUGCUGCAGGGCUCUGCCGACCGCCUGUGUGACAGCAGGGGCGCCUACCUGCUCAUGGAGUCCGCCAAGAGCCAGGACAAGACGCUCAAGAUUUACGAAGGUGCCUACCACAUCCUCCACAAAGAGCUUCCUGAAGUGACCAGCUCCGUCUUCCGUGAGAUAAACACGGCCCCACCCUCCUGCUCUUGCCUUCACCGACUGCUGACAUCGACCUGUUAGGACGACAGUGAUUCUUCUAAGCAAUUUACUGCUUAUUGUCAUUGCUGCGGCUCAGCCGCCUCCCUACACGUAAGCUGUUAGUGGGGACCCGUGUAUCGGUUUAGAGCUAGUAAAGCACCAACGUCUGCCACAGCUAACCCUAAUAAACCACUUGUUUUCUGACGGUGUCGUCUGCCUGUCUGUGUGAUCUGACUGCAACGUCCCUUGCGGAGAGACCAGCGGUCCUUUGCGAGGCUGCACCGGGGGUCUGGGCCGGUCCCCCGAUACACCCCCGUGUGCGGACCUGACCGUCUCUCCCGCGGAGUGGACUGCACGCCAGCUUCCUCGUACAGACUCGGCCACCGCUGCCACCGGGGGCCGGGCCGCCCCAGUUCUGGGCCCCACGGCUGACCCUCCUCCACAGUCCCACAUAACUUCUGACAAUUUAGAAACAAGUCCUGAUCUCCCCCCGACCCCGUGGCUGCACCUCUGCCUCGCCCACCUGAGCGCAGGAGACCCCAGCGCGGGCGGGUGCCUGCACCCCUCCCUCCGUCCGCCCCGCGCCUGACCCGGAAGCAGAGGCUGUCCAGGCAGACCAUCUGCCUCUGGCCCCAGGGCCGUCACGGUCCCCUCCUGCUGGUGGCCACGGCAGCCUCCUCCGGGUGCCCCAUCUCCCCGCUUGUGUCCCAUUGGUCUUUGCCACAUAGCCACCAGACCGGGUGCUCAGUGAGUCGGGUGGUGGCCCUUCCCACUCCAAGCCUCGUGGUCCCGUCUCAUGCAGAGGCGGCCGCUGCCCUCCCAAGCCUGCAGGCCCUGGGCCCGUGGCCACGCGCCAGCCUCUCUGUGGAGCCUUCCCACCAGCCUGUGUGGAGCUACCCACUCCCUGGCCCCCACCACCCCUCCUGCAGCACAGCCACUGCCGUCUGACUCGACUGCGUUCUGUGGACCCGCGGUAGCCCUGGCCCCCCACCGGAGCUGAGCUGCGGGAGCUGGGUCCUCGCGUCAGACCUGUGUGUGGUUUCCAGGGGUCCCUGGUAAAUAUAUGUCCAGGGAGGUAGGGGGUGGGGGACCAGUGCUCUCUCUGGGCCAGGCUAGAGCCUGGAACUGGGGUUAUAGGUGCAGGGCCCACUUCUUGGUGGGCGCCCGUGCCCUCACCCAGGCCACACCUCCACGGGCCCCCUUGGGUUUAAUGCUCUGCUGUUGCUGGCUUGAAAUCCUCAAUCUUUCCGGGCGUCGUUCUCCUCCCGAGUUCUUGGACCAUCCUUACCAUCACUGCUCCGGACUCCUCCUUGGGCAGGUCGCCCCUCUCCACGUCACUCAGUUCUUCUUCUGGGCUUUAUCUUUUCCUUCGUCUGGAACGCGUUCCUGUGCCCCCUCGGUGUGUCUGAGUUGCUGUUUGUAUUCUAUGUCUGUUAGUUGGCGUUUCUCGACCUUGGGGGGGGGGCCUCUGUAGGAGACGUCCUGUGUGCCCCAGCGGUGCUCUCUCCUCUCGUCACCCAAGCUACAUGCUCUAGGGGUGCCCCCAGGAGGGCUGCGUGAGCCCUUCUGUGGCAGGGGGCUGACGGCGUGGGGCGCCUGGCGGGCCUGGUCGGCCCCUGGCCUGGUGCCUCGUGUGGAUGCCGCUGGCUGCUGGUUAGCGGGGUCUGGUCACGAGGCGGCGGGUUGUGGAACCCUAGGGGACCCCAGGCUAGUGCUGGCUCAGUGGUGGGCGGAGUCGGGGUCCAGGAGACCCUGGGAUGUUGCCCCCCCACUGGCGGGUGAAGCCAGGUCCUGGGGUUAGCGCCGGUCUACUGGCAGGCAGAGCCGGCUCCUGGAGUCUGGCCGCAGGGCCCAGGGGUCCCAGAGCUGGUGUUGGAUGGCCGGCGGGGGGGCCGGUUCCUGACACGGUUGAGUCUGGGGUCCAGGGUGUCCUGAAGCUGGCGGUGACCUGCCAGUGGGCAGGGCCGGGGCCCAGCUGGUCCCAGGGCGGAUCUGGCCUGCUCUGGGCAGGCUGGGUCCACAAGCCGCAGGACUGUGGUUUCCUUUUCUUUUGUUUUUUAAUUUUUAUUUUAUAUUGGAGUACAGUUGAUUUAUAAUGUUGUGUUAGUUUCAGGUGUACAGCUAAGUGAUUCAGUUACACAUAUACAUAUAUACACGGUCUCUCAGAUUCUUUUCCCGCAUAGGUUAUUACAGAAUAUUGAGUUCCCUGUGCUAUACAGUAGGUCCUUGUUGAUUAUCUGUUAUAUAUAUAUAGUAGUGUGUAUAUGUUAAUCCCAAACUCUUAAUUUAUCUCUCCUCUGCCCCGUUUCCCCUUUGGUAACCAUAAGUUUGUUUUCUAAGUCUGUGUGUCUGUUUUGUAAAUAAGUUCAUUUGUAUCUUUUUUUUUUUUUAGAUUUCACACAUAAGUGAUAUCAUAUGGUAUCUGUCUUUCUCUGUCUGAUUUACUUAGUAUGAUAAUCUCUGGGUCCACCCGUGUUGCUGCAGAUGGCAUUAUUUCAUUCUUCUUUAUGGCUGAGCAAUAUUCCAUGGCAUACGUGUACCACAUCUUCUUUAUCCAUUCCUCUGUCGAUGGACAUUUAGGUCGUUUCCACGUCCUGGCUAUUGUAAACAGUGCUGCAGUGAACAUUGGGGUGCAUGUAUCUUUUCAAAUUACGGUUUUCUCCGGGUAUAUGCCCAAGAGUGGGAUUGCUGGGUCGUAUCGUAGCUCUAUGUGUAGUUUUUUAAGGAACCUCCACACUGUCCUCCGUAGCGGCCGUAUCAGUUUACAUUCCCACCAACAGUGCAGGAGCGUUCCCUUUUCUCCACACCCUCUCCAGCGUUUGUUGUUCCUACUUUUUGAUGAUGGCCAUUCUGACGGGUGUGAAGUGAUAGAUACCUCAUUGUAGUUCUGAUUUGCAUUUCUCUAAUAAUUAGCGAUGUUGAGCAUCUUUUCACGUGCCUGUUGGCCAUCUGUAUGUCUUCUUGGGAGAAAUACCUAUCUAGAUCAU